GUUGGUUUCUAGAUCUCUGUUGAUUCAGAUGACUUCAAUAGUUCAAUAUUCAAAUGAAGUGACUGCUCCAAUCACCAAAUGACACGAACAACGGUGACGGAGUACGCCAAGUGUGUGCAGAAAAAGGGACACGAUCUAGUGUAAUAUACAGUUUUGUUAGUUGGUUGUUAAUCAUUGGAAAUCAAACAUGAUUGUCUCUGCUCUCCUGACAUCGGUUGGGAUAAACACUGCACUCUGUGUUUUGUUCUUCGCAUGCUACUCUAUAUUGAGGAAACAACCAACCAACUUCAGAGUUUACAUACCUCGCUUGCUAGCAGCUCAAGGAACUUCACUCAAAACCCGAUUCAAUUUCAAAAGACUCAUUCCUUCCCCUGAUUGGGUUGCCAAAUCUUGGAGCCUCUCUGAGGAUCAACUUCUCUCAUUAUCAGGAUUAGAUGCUCUAGUUUUUAUGCGCAUCAUCACCUUCAGUUUGAAAUUAUUUUCUUUUGCUGGGGUUGUUGGGAUAUUUGUGAUUCUUCCUGUGCACUGCUGGGGAAAUCAGCUGCAAGAAUUUGACUUAGUUGACUUCGCCAGCAACUCGUUGGAUGUGUUCACCAUAUCAAAUGUGAACAGUGGUUCUGCUUGGUUGUGGAUUCACUUCUUUGCUGUAUAUAUUGUUACUGGAUUUACAUGCUUGCUACUUUUUUAUGAAUAUAGAUACAUAGCUUCCAAGAGAAUUUCUUAUUUUUGUUCAUCCAAACCUCAGCCACAUCAGUUCACCAUUUUAGUUCACAGUAUUCGUGCUUCCUCGGGUUGCAGUAUUAGUGAUAGUGUUGAGAGCUUCUUUAAAGAGCUACACCCAAGUACAUAUUUGUCGCAUGUGGUUAUUCAUCGCACAAAUAAAAUCCGAAGUCUCCUGAGUAAGGCAAAGGGUUUGUAUAAAAGGAUUAUUCAAUUACGUUCGGAUCCUACUCAGCAAAAGUAUAAGCAUGGUGAUUGUUUUGGUCUUUUUGGACAAAAAGAUGAUCUUAUAGAUCACUACGGAAAGAAGUUGGAGGACAUUGAGCAGAAUGUGAGAUUGGAGCAAUCAGAGGCUUCAUUGGCAGGAGAAGAGUCUCGAGCUGCGUUCGUGUUCUUCAAGUCUCGUUAUGCUGCUGCAACUUCUUUCCAUUUGCAGCAAUCAGUAAAUCCUACCCAUUGGAUUACUGAGCCAGCUCCAGAACCUCGUGAUAUUUACUGGCCUUUCUUUUCUGAAUCAUUCAUGCGAAAAUGGAUUUCAAAGUUGGUGGUUAUAGUUGAGAGCACUCUUUUCACAAUAUUGUUCCUUAUACCCGUUGUUAUCGUUCAAGGCCUUACCAACCUCACUCAAUUGAAAAUUUUGUUUCCCUUUUUGACAAGCAUUCUAACUAUAAAAUUUGUCACUCAAGUAAUUACGGGAUACCUACCAAGCCUUAUUCUUCAGAUGUCUCUGAAAGUGGUGCCUCCUAUUAUGCGGCUCCUGUCCACCAUUCAAGGAUACAUCUCACAUAGUAAUAUAGAAAUGAGUGCGUGUAGAAAAGUACUGUGGUUCACAGUAUGGAAUGUGUUUUUUGCAACUGUAUUUUCUGGGUCAGUUAUAGAUCAUCUGUCUGUCGUUCUUGAUCUGAAGGACCUUGCUGGGAAACUGGCUGUUGGAGUUCCAGCGCAGGCAUCAUUUUUCAUUACUUACGUUGUCACAAUUGGAUGGACAAGUAUAUUAUCUGAACUCUUUCAGAUAAUUCCUCUCAUUUUAAGUUUAAUAAAAAGACCCUUCACAAGACAAGAGGAUGAAUUUGAAGCUCCAUCUAUGGCUUACCACAGGGAUGUUCCAAGGGUCCUUUUCUUUGGACUUCUUGGUAUUACAUAUUUCUUCCUAGCCCCGCUAAUUUUACCAUUCCUCUUGGUCUAUUUCUGUCUAGCGUACAUCAUUUUUCGAAACCAGUUCAUAAAUGUAUAUGCACCAAAGUAUGAAACUGCAGGGAAAUAUUGGCCUAUCGUGCACGAUUCCAUGAUAUUUUCUCUAGUACUCAUGCACAUCAUAGCAGUGGGAAUUUUCGCAUUGAAAAAACUUUCUUCAGCAUCCGGUUGGAUGCUUCCUCUACCAGUCCUCACUCUUCUCUUUAACGAGUACUGCCGAAAACGAUUCUUGCCCAUAUUUACUGCAUACUCUGCAGAGAGUUUAAUACACAAGGACAGAGAAGACCAAAAUGAUACUUCGAUGGCCGAUUUUUACGACAAAUUGGUAAUCGCUUAUAACGACCCAGCUUUAUUGCCAAUUCAACACUCAUCAAACACUGAUGGUCUUCUUAGUCCCCUUUUAUCUUCAGUAUCACAGUCUCAAUUAUGACAAUAUGCCACCUUGUAAGUGUAUGCUUGGAAAUCCUUCUAUACUUGAUUGUAAAGUCAAAAUGAAUUCUCGGAAGAAGCUUUGGUGAGUAACUUUUGGAUGUCAGAAUUGAUUCUUAGGAAAAAGAAAUUGAUUCAAACAUGCUAUAAGUCAAGUUCUAUUGGCUGUAUAUAUAUGUGAUGUAAGAUUCCUAUAUCAAGAGCAAUCUAGUGCAGAAGCCAGAAGAGGUGCCAUUGUGUGAUAACAUCAUACUCUCUAAUUAUCCAUAUAAUAUCCAAUCCGAAGUUUCCAAGUGUCUUAUUAUA